AACGUUUUUGGAAUUACAGAACUUUUGGACAAUUUCGAAGCAGCAUAGAAUUUGUUUACAUUUUAGUAACAUAGCAAAUACAACAGCAACGCUUGCCAAAGUGUGUUUGUAUGGAAAUGUGUUUGGGUGGUGCUGUUGGCUUAGUGGUCAUUCAAGCAUAUUGUGACUUUGGGGCGCACAACAACAUUGUAAUGGGCACGACAUGAGAUGUCUCAAACCACUCACAAAUUAAGCUCAUCGUCCGCACCGCAUUUCUGCAUCCAUACACAAUAAUAAUGCCACAAAAACUACCCUCGUUAGGGUAAUGUAGUUAAGAUAUAGCUGACCAAUUUAAGAGUGCCAUACCAUCAGCGAAGAAUCUUACCAUUACAACCUGCAUUGAAAAAUACAAAAAAAUACAACGAUUUACCCUACUAGAAAAAAAGGAUCUUUGCAGGACAAACACUCAAAGGUAGCCGUUAAAGAAAUAGUAUUGCCUAGAUGCUGAACUAGAAGGAAACAAAAAACCCACAAGGAAAUAACUGAGAUUAAAGUGCCUUUUUUAUACAAUUACACAACACUCACACACUAUUCGUUUUUAUUUAAUUAGCUGUACUACACAUUUAGAAGUAUACUAAGCUUUAAUAUUUAAGGAACAUCACAUAUUAUCAUCAUUGGAUUAGAUCCACUGCAAGGCAACGAGACGCAACAAUUGUUCCAAUUCGCUACACACACAGAUCCCUGGCAAGUGCAAUUUAUUGGUUCGUCAAUUGAAACGAAAACCAUUCAUACACAAAUACUCGACACCCAGUUCUUUGAUUCUUAGAAUCCAAGUAUUUUGCUUUAAAAUUCCAUUCUGGCAUAAGAUGUCAUCAUCAUCCCCUGCUACCACAAGUGUUAUUACCGCCAACGAACUCGCUUUGACGGCCCAGGCCAAUAUGCAUCAUCGGGGAGCUCACAUGCAUGAGGCGCCUCUGUCGCCAGCCCGUGCCAAUUCGGUGUCCGUAGCCGGGGCCACGGGAACCACAACGGGCAACAUUGUUUCCACCACCAGCAUAUCGAAUUCGGGGCCCACCGCCAAUGGCAUGCCCAUGAUUUCGCCCGACGCCAUACACCAUUCCCCCGACAGUCCCCAGCCCGAGUUGGCCACCAUGACGAAUGUCAAUGUUCUGGAUUUGCACACAGACUCCUCCAAGCUGUACGACAAGGAUGCUGUCUUCAUCUAUGAAAGCCCCAAGGUGAUGAUGGGCGGUGGCGGUGCGGGUCCUCAGGAUGACCAUGUGAUCGAUGCUCGCAUGGUGGCACAAUUGAAUCAACAGCAGGCUGCAGUGCAGGCGGCUCAUGAGAAUCAACCUUUGGCCAAAAUUGAAUUCGACGAAAAUCAAAUCAUACGAGUGGUGGGUCCCAAUGGUGAACAGCAACAGAUCAUAUCGCGCGAGAUCAUCAAUGGCGAACAUCAUAUUUUGUCGCGCAAUGAGGCUGGCGAACAUAUACUCACACGCAUUGUCAGUGAUCCUUCGAAGUUAAUGCCCAAUGAUAAUGCCGUGGCUGCGGCCAUGUUUAAUCAGGCCCAGAAAAUGGCCAACGAGCAUGCUGUGUACCAGACAUCCCCCCUGGAUGCUUCAGUGCUGCAGCACUAUGACUCUGAAGCUGUGGUCAAGACCGAGGUGGACGUCUACGAUGAUGCCAAAAAACAAAAUACCGGCCAAAUUAUCUAUACCACAUCGGGCCCCGAACAUGGUAACACCAAGCACUUGUCCCACUUACCUAUGGGUGCCAAAUUGGAUCCGGACAUGUAUCCUUCGGACAAACACAUUGAUUUGAUUUAUAACGAUGGCAAUAAGACGGUCAUCUAUACGACAACAGAUCCCAAGGGGUUGGAAAUCUAUUCGGGCAGUGAUUUAAGUGGCCUGGUGGCGGAUGGUCAAGUUGUUGUGCAAGGUGGUCUACAGUAUGCUGGCCCGGGUGGCCCAGGAGGACAACCGGUUUAUAUAGUGGCUGAUGGUGCUUUGCCGCCGGGUGUUGAAGGUCAUAUACAGAGUGCUCCCAGUUCGACUGUUAGCAAACUUAACGGUCAAACCACACCUCUUGAUGUUUCGAGCCUAUCGCAAAACGAGAUUCAAGGCUUGCUGCUUGGCUCACACCCAUCGGCCACAACGGCCGGUUCGGCCGGCGCAAAUGUCACCUCAGCCUCAAACAUUGCCCACCAACAACAAUCAGCCAUUGUGGCAGCCAGUGCAGCAGCUGCUGCUGCGGCUGCAGCCGCCGCCAAUGGAGGCUCCGGUGGUCCGGGCACAGUCGUCAUAACAGCUGAUCAACAACGUCAACAGCAACAGUCGAAUGCAACAACAACGAUUAGCAUUAAGCGAGAACCCGAAGAUUUGCGUAAAGAUCCUAAGAAUGGUACCGCUAGUAAUGGCUCAGCAGCCAGUAGCGGACAAAAGGUAAUUGUGUUGCAACAAUCGCCAUCGCCUACACAUAUACAAAUCAAAGAGCCGCCACCCAGUCCUGGAAGUCCCACAAAUCAAACGGAAGCCAUGUACGCUGCCGGCGGCGGCACUCAAAUUUAUCUACAGGGUCCUCAUCAAAAUUCAGCCGUUGGUCCCGGUGGCAAUGUCAACACACAAACACCCAGUCCAGGUCCCUAUAUUGGGGCGGAUGGCUAUGGCAUGUAUGCCACCAGUCGCCUGACGACAGCACCUUCGACCACCUUCUUGUCGGAGCCCUAUUAUAGGGAAUAUUUCACCACCACCACAGAUGGCCAAGGUUAUGCGCCCACACGCACCAUAUAUGGGGAUAGUGAGGGUCCCCAGCCAGGCACCACAUAUGAAGGACGUUUUACUACCACAACUACAGCCAAUGCGGGCAUACCGCCUCCACAUUCCAGCUCGAAUGUCUUAAAGAAUGGAGGUACACCCAUCUAUGCCAAAACGGUGACAGCUGCUGGCCUCACAGUGGAUUUGCCCAGUCCGGAUUCGGGUAUAGGUGCCGAUGCCAUAACGCCCAGAGAUCAAAAUAAUAUACAACAGUCUUUCGAUUACACAGAACUCUGUCAGCCCGGCUCUCUGCUAGACAACAAUGGUGGCAUUCCUGUUUCGGUUAAUAGCAUACCACGCGGUGCUGUUAGUGUUCAUGGUGGUCAAAACAGUCCGACCACUUCGUUGGGCGGCACCAGUGCCAAUGGCAGUGCUACACGUUCCCGGCCAUGGCAUGAUUUCGGCCGCCAAAAUGAUGCUGAUAAAAUACAAAUACCAAAAAUUUUCUCCAACGUUGGCUUCAAAUAUAACCUGGAAUCACCAAUCUCAUCAUCACAACGGCGAGAAGAUGAUCGAAUAACUUACAUCAACAAAGGACAAUUCUAUGGCAUUACAUUGGAAUAUGUGCACGAUCCAGAUAAGCCCAUUAAAAAUGCAACAGCAAAGAGUGUCAUUAUGUUAAUGUUCCGUGAAGAAAAAUCCCCUGAAGAUGAAAUUAAGGCCUGGCAAUUUUGGCACAGUCGACAGCAUUCCGUUAAGCAGAGAAUCUUGGAUGCAGACACUAAGAAUUCAGUGGGCCUAGCUGGUUGUAUUGAAGAAGUCUCCCACAAUGCCAUAGCAGUCUAUUGGAAUCCCUUGGAAAGUUCCGCUAAGAUUAAUAUCGCCGUGCAAUGUUUAAGUACAGAUUUUAGCAGCCAAAAAGGUGUUAAGGGUCUACCAUUACAUAUACAAAUUGAUACUUUCGAAGAUCCCCGCGACACAACAGUCUUCCAUAGAGGCUAUUGUCAAAUUAAAGUUUUCUGCGAUAAGGGUGCUGAGCGCAAGACACGCGAUGAAGAGCGACGUUCUGCUAAACGUAAAAUGACCGCAACCGGACGCAAAAAAUUGGAUGAACUAUAUCAUCCGGUUACCGAUCGUUCAGAGUUUUAUAGCAUGCAAGAUCUUACCAAGCCGCCGGUAUUGUUUUCACCAGCCGACGAUUUGGAGAAGGGCUUCUAUGGCCAUGAGACUGAUGGGGCGGCUGAUUUAAAAGGUGCCUCACCGUUUCUACUGCAUGGACAAAAGGUCGCUACGCCAACAUUGAAAUUUCACAAUCAUUUUCCACCAGACAUGCAGACUGACAAAAAGGAUCACAUUUUGGAUCAAAGUUUGGCCAUGAGUGAGUUUGGCCCCCCGAUGAAGCGCGGCCGCAUGACCCCACCCACCAGCGAACGAGUCAUGCUGUAUGUGAGACAAGAAAAUGAAGAUGUCUAUACCCCCCUGCAUGUAGUGCCACCCUCCACCAUAGGCCUGCUGAAUGCGAUUGAAAAUAAAUAUAAAAUCUCAACAACGAGUAUAAAUAAUAUAUAUCGAACAAAUAAAAAGGGGAUUACUGCGAAAAUUGAUGAUGAUAUGAUUUCGUAUUAUUGCAAUGAAGACAUUUUCUUAUUAGAAGUCCAGCAGAUCGAGGAGGAAUUAUACGACAUAACGUUAACGGAAUUGCAAAAUCAUUGAUGGCAUUGUCGGUGAGAAUAUGGAUGCCAGCCUUAAAACCCCCGCCCCCCAAAGUCAACGGAGGAUGUUCGAGAGUUCAAUAAUAUUUAUUAUAUUUUAUGCUACAUUUUAAAGUAUAAACUCUACAAAUACAACAAGAACAAAAACAAUGAAUGUAUAUAGCCAUAAAUGCAAAGGAAUGGAAACGAAAUGGACAAACAACAACAACAAUAACCACAUACUUAUGCACAAAUCUUAAGGUUACAAUAAAUAUUUUAUUUUUAAAUUUUAUUCUUUUUUAAGGAAAUUAUUUUUUUUUACAAGAAAACACCACACCAGCAAAUAGUUUUUAAGUUGAAUGAUAAAAAUUACAAAAAAUAUAUAUAUUUAUAAACGAAACAAAUAAUGUCUUAAAUUCAAAAAAAAUGAGAAAAAAAAUUAAAGAAAAUUUAUUUAAUUACAAUAAUAGCAACAUUUAAAUGUAAUAAAAAAACAAAAAUUAAAAUAAAUAAUUUAUACAAGUAAACGAUGAAAAACCACAAAAUUAUUCAUAGUAAUUACAAAUAUAUAUAUUUUUUAUUAUUGUAUUAACCGAUUCUUUAAGUGCCAAUAGUAUCAAGAGAAAUGAUAAAAACCCCCACAGCUAAAAAAAAAAUGAAAACGACAGAAAUCUGCUUGGAAAAAAACCAACAUUCAAGGACUUUAUUAGAAAAUGUUCUGCUUAAGGCUUUUCUAAAGCCCUAGGGAUUUCUUGCAAGUAAUACUCUUAUCUUAUAUGAAUAUACAUUUAUAUAUAUGAACAAAAAAAAGUAGUUUUUAAUGAAAAAAAAAAAUUGUUAUUGUUUUAAAAAAAGAACUUUUAUUUUAAGAUUUUUUUUAACAAAUGUUUUCUUGAUUCAAUACGAUAAGAUUGCAUUGGAUUUUUCUGCGUUACAUCUUAAGUCUUUCCGAAACUUUUGUUUAUUUUAUUUCUUAAAUAAUUUUUAAAAUUUUUUUCUGUGUUUUUUUUUUUUUUUGGUUUUACUUUAAAUACAAUAAUAAUAUGUUUUAAAACAAGCAAGCAAAAAAAAAAAUAAAAUUCCUUUUAAGAAACCAUACUACUUACAAAACUGACUUUGUCUUUUUCAUGUUCUCUAAAAAAAAAAAGAAAGAAAAGAAAUUUUGUUGCAACAUAUAUAAGAUCUCAAUUCAAAAUUGAGUUUUUUUCCCAAGAAACUCACAAACACACACAAACUUAUCGUUCAAUUGCAAACUUACAAAAAAAGGAAGCUAAAAACGAAAACUUUUAGCAAUAACAAGAAGGAAAUGCAAUAAAAAGGAAUAAAAAAAUAAAAAGUUCUUAGAAGCAUGUCACCAAGCAUUAAAUG